AUGAGGCGCUUAAAGUGCUCGGUGUUAGUGUAUUUAUUUCUAAUAUUUCCGGCCUCGCAUCAUGCCUUCAAUAUUAUUGGAAUUAACAAACAAAUGUUAUACGAAUAUGUGGGUACAGUACAAGUUGGCGCCAAAGCGCCACAGGAUGAAGAACUGCCAGCACCACCAACAUCUGGCUGGAUAGUGAGGGGUAAAUUAACAUUACAGAGGCAAAACAAUAGUACAUUGGCGGCAGCGCUCGUUAUUGACGAUGUCACCCUUAACAAUUCCGGUGAAAAGUUCCUGCAAAACAAAGAAAUGUAUCCGACAUAUAAACCCUUCAAAAUUGCCCUCACCCCUGAGGGUACCAUCAAACAUUUGGUCUUCAAGGAAGGUGAUCCGAUUUGGUCGACAAAUUUCAAACGAGCCAUAGCCUCGAUGAUACAAUUUCAGACCAAAAAGACUGGCGCAUUUGUGGUAGAUGAGAUGGGUAUCCAUGGUGAAUGUCUAACGGAAUAUUUUAUAUCGAAUAAAACAAAUUACAUUUCAAUUCGUAAAACGCCCGAGUUGAGCACCUGUAAACCCUAUGCCGAAUCGAUACACAUUACCCGCAGUAAUGUUCCGACCAAUACUUGUAAAUUUGAUUUUCAACAAAAUGUGAUUAGCGGUAAUGAGGCCAUAUUUGGUAUGUUGCCUCAUCCAGAGACGGGAUAUUUUUUGAGUAUGGCUCAUGUGAAGGGUUCGACGCUGAUUCACACAUUCGAAUCGACCGGUGAAGCUCAGUUUAUUAAUUCAGAAUUACUUUUAAAUUUCCUCAACGAAACCACAAUCGACAAUCCCAUCGAUGUUGAAACUUCCAUGAGUUCCGUUGAAACUGGCCUACAACUGCUGCCCAUCGAACUGAACGAUCCCACCGGAGGACGUAAUCCCCAACAACAGGAAACCCUUAUCAAAACCGCUUCACGACUUCUCGACAAUUUAGCUGAAGGUCUUGAAAUUUCAAAUUAUAAAUUUACCGAACCCUACGAUGCCACCGUAUCAGAUGUUAUACGUCUACUUACCGAAAUGGAUUUUGAAUCGUUGAAAAAAUUAUAUACCGAAGUUGAUAUUGGUACGUCAUAUCGUCAGGAAACAAUUCGCAAUAUCUUCCAUGAAAUAAUACCACGUAUUGGUACCAAGGCUUCGGUAUUUUUGACCCGAUAUUUGAUUGUGGAAAAAGAAACAAAAUCUACCAUUGCUGUACAGUUACUGGUCUCAAUGCCCUUUCACAUAUUUGAAUUAUCUCACGAAUUGGUUAAGGAAUGUGAAGUAUUCCUUACGCUCGGUCCCGAUCGUCCUGAUGUUCGGCAGGCGGCAAUUUUAAGUUUUGCCACUUUGGUCUAUAAUGUACACAUUGCCGGGGCCAUAAAUCGUGAUAUUUUCGAAGAUUAUGUCCAAAAGUAUUUUAAUUUGUAUUUAAGUUCACGCGACUACGACUCCAAAAUGUUAUAUUUGCAAGGUCUAAGUAAUCUCCAAGUUGGCAAUGUGGCAAAUUAUUUGGAUCCUAUCGUUAGUAAUGGCGAGGAGAAUCAGGAUAUUAAAUUUUUGGCAGCAUGGACAACACUGUCGUUGGCGCCCAAUCGUGCGGAAAGGAUCUAUGAAAUCUAUUGGCCCAUUUUCGAGUCUCGCAAUGCCAGUUUGGAACUGCGUGUGGCCGCUGUAACCUUGCUAUUGAUCUCCAAUCCAACGGCUGCCCGUUUAAUAAGUAUUCAUCGUAUUAUACAAAGUGAAACCGAUCCUCAUAUGAUAAAUUACUAUAGGACGACCAUAACAAGUAUUUCAGAGACCACAUAUCCCUGCUAUCAGAAUUUGAGACGUUUACUUUCCUAUAUGCAUCGCCACUUACCACAAAAACCCGAACCCCGUUAUUGGGUAACCGGAAAUUAUAUUUUCGAUUAUCGUGAUUCGAAAUUCGGUAUUGGUGCUAUGCUACAGGCAUUUUUGGUGGGUGAUCCUAAAUCGGAUUUACCUGUGGUGGCUUAUUUGCAAUUUGAUACCGAAGCUUUGGGUAAAUUUACUGGACAAAUGGCGUUAUAUAUUAAGGCUCGUGGUCUACCGGAUAAUUUGUUCAAGGCCUUCAUGAACAUCAAUGGUGAUCCCAAAAAAUAUAUUAACAUACAAAAUUUGCUGAAGCUUUUGGAUGCACCCAUUGUGGCCACCAAACCAUUGCAUUUGGAGUUCAUUUUGAAAAUGGAAGGCAAGACCGUUUUGUCAUACUAUUUGAAUGAGAGGUCCUACCAGAAGAUAACCUAUUACGAUUUAAUUGAUCGCAUUAGUUUCCUGAUUCACGCAGAUUCCCACAUAAACAUGCAAACAGUACGCUGGCCAUUCAUGACUAAAUAUGUUGUACCCACUGUCUUGGGUACUCACGCAGAUGUUUUGCUACAAACCACUGUACUCACCUCGCUACGUGGCAACAUUACCCAAUAUCAUGAAACUAAAGUUAUGCAAUCUUCAUUGGAAAUUGAUGCUCGCUAUUCAUCGUAUGCUUCAUGCCGCAGCCGAAGUUAUAACCCCUUCUUAAAUUUGGAUCAUGAAAUAAAUCGUGAACAAGGUUUCCUUAUCUAUAUACCACUCUACUUGAGAGUGAAUUAUUAUGCUGGUGCCUGUUGGGAAUACACGUUUACGAGACCAGAAAAUCUUACAAGUGGUCUAUCGUUUAAAUCACGUUCCGUGACCAUAACGAAGGGAUUGAUAACGAAAUCGGCUAGUGAACCUUUUGAGGAAAUUAUGUAUCCGGAAAGACAUCAUGAUGUGUUCCAAUUAUUCAAAUACGACAUGGAAGAUUUGGGCAUGUCUAUUGUGAUCAAUACCAAUUUGAAUGAACUGAACAAAUAUCGUGGUAUGUUGGUGAAAUCGGAAUUCAUGGAGAAUGGCUUUUCGCGCAACAUGAUUAUCAACUUCCUGAUGUAUGUCUUCGGUGUGGCCCAGUUGAGCUCGAUACAUUUGGGUCAUGAUCGUAAUUUCACCAUGUUAAUAUCGAAUGAUAAAUUUACCAAGAUUGAGGGUGCCAUUUGCAGUACUGAAGAAUUGAAAUCCCAUGACCAAUCUCUGCGUCACAUUAACUUCACUCUUCAACACACCGAUGAUCAACAUCAGGAUCAAGAUCUGCAUAAAUGGAUCAUAGAUAUGGAUGUGGAGUCAUCAAAGAAAACCACAUGGUUUAAUAUUGCCGGUAAUGUUCAGCGUACCGCUGUGGCAAAGGGUUCGAAUGCCGCAUCGACGGAACCUAAAGACUGGAAGGCCUGCAUCAAUGUCACCUAUGCUCCCUUGGUGUUCACCAAACGUCCUCACACCUUAAUGGGUUCUAUAACAUUCGGCAAUGCCACCACCGACAAUCAGUGUCCUGUUGAAGGUUCCAGUAUUACAUUUAAUAGUAGAGCUGGGCCCUCGGAUCGUGCCCGUGAAUUCCUACUGUCUGAUAAUCCCUUAACAGAUACCGGUUUUUGUCCCAAAGAAGUAUUAAAAUUCACACCAAUACCCACCUCGAAAUAUUGUAAACGAAGUAAUUUCGAGAACUUUACAUCGGUUACCAAAUAUGAUAUGGAUGUGCAAUUUAAUAAUAUGCCCGAUUGGUUUGACUUAUGGUCCAGCCGUUUGGAUCAUUUUGUAUCCUCCUUCUCCCAUGACAAAGUCGAACGUUUGAAUAUGAGCAAAGAGAUUCACCUGUCCAUUAAUUUACCCAACGAUCAUUUCUGGUUAACCAUUGAAGUUAAUGGGGUGCAUCGCAGGAUUUAUCAUAUACCAUUUAUACAGAAAUUGGACUCGAAAUAUGAUGCAUCACAUGAAAUACUCUACGAUUCGGGUGUUAAACGUUCCUGUUCCGUCAUCAAUGGUAUGGUGAAUAGUUUCGAUGAUUAUCUUAUCGAUUUGGCUGACUAUCACAAAGUGACAAAAGCGGCAAAUUGUCAGACCCUACUGGCUGCCGAUUGUAGUCCUUUGCGUGAAAUGGCCAUAUUCCUAAUGCCCAACUUUGAGAAUAGUUUAAGUUCCAAUUAUGGUUUGCGGGUUUAUAUUGGAGAGAAUUAUUUCACAUUUAAAUCAACGAACAGUACCGAUGAUAAGACACCCGUUUUGAUUACCCUCAAUGAUAAUGAGAAAAUCGUUAAUGUACGAGAGAAACCCUAUCAAUAUCCGGAGGAAGGAAAUAAAUUUGAUUUUAGGGUCGAAGUCAACGAACAAAAUAUUCUAAUUGUGGAAAACAAUUUGAUGCCCUCCACCAUACAAUUUGAUAUGUUGAAUAUAUUAAAUUUGGAAAUAUUCUCCGUGUACAAGAAUAAAAUGUGUGGCCUUUGCAGUAAACCGUUGAACAGUAUGCGCAAUUAUACUCUGUGUGCAUAACUC